AUGGACGACGACACUUCUGCUGCAGAUGUCCUUCAUCGCAUUGUCCAGCUUAUUCAAGAGGAAGACUGUCCAAUCCAGUCUCUGUCACUGGCUGACUCAAGACUAAAAUCAGGAACAUACAUCCUUCUGAAUGCAUUGGGAACUAACAGCAGCCUCACCAAAAUAGACAUCAGUGGGAAUGCAAUGGGAGACAGGGGAGCUAAACUCCUUGCAAAAGCAUUACAAAUAAAUAACAAACUCAGGUCGGUAAUAUGGGAUAAAAAUAAUACAACAGCAUUUGGAUUUCUAGAAAUAGCCCAUGCAUUGGCACGGAAUUACACUUUACAAGAAAUGCCUCUGCCAAUGAGUGAUAUAUCACAGGCAUAUCGAAUAAGUCCAGAAAAAACAGAAGAGGCUGUACAGCUGAUACAGCAAUGUCUACUGAGAAACAAUCAAACAAAAUAUACUUUGCCUGUAGAGAUCACGGGUUUACAAGAGGAGACAUCGUCCAUUCUAUGCCAAGAGAUGGUGAAUGAGAUGUGCUUGAAUAUACAAGAACGCAUUGAGUCUCUGAGCACAUAUCCAGAGAAAGAGGCUGAAUUUGACUUAGCAUUUGCCGAAGAAGCUGUGAAAGAUGCAAACUUCACAAUCAGUGUUCUUCCAGUCUUGUAUGAAGCAUGGCAUUCACCAUAUAAAAACAGCAAGUUACAACACAAGCUGGAAGGCAUGGCGGACAAGAUAUCAGAUGCCUGCAGCCAAGAUAUACAGGCGUUUAGUCAGUUGAUAAUGGAUGCAGCAGAAAACUUGUGCCCUAAAAUCCUACAGAAAAAUGGAGUAAGAGAAAAACUAGUUACCUCAGUUUCUGAUGUACUGCUUCCUCAGAAGAACACGGAACUAGAAUCCAGUCUUGAUCAUGCCAUAAAGGAAAUUCUAAACAAACUGAAGUAA